UUGUCGACCUGAGAAUUGAGAUGCAUUUCGAUUUCAAUCGGCUUUCAUCUCUCUUUUCUGCAGAUUUGCCUUGUAGUUGAAGAGCGUACAGUUUUGGAUUAAUUUUAGGGUGUAAGGUAAUUGGGGAAAUUGGAGAAUGGAAGCAGUGGCCGAAGGGCUGUGGGGACUGGCGGAUUACCACGAGAACAAGGGAGAGAUAGGGAAGGCGGUCAAGUGCUUGGAGGCAAUCUGCCAGUCCCACGCGUCCUUCCUUCCCAUCGUUGAGGUCAAGACUCGACUCCGCGUAGCCACUCUUCUGCUGCGCCACUCUCACAACGUGAACCAUGCCAAGUCCCACCUGGAACGCUCCCAGUUGCUCCUCAAUGCCAUACCUUCUUGCUUCGACUUGAAGUGCCGAACUUACACUCUGCUCAGCCAGUGCUACCAUCUCGUUGGGGCCAUCCCUCCUCAGAAGCAGAUCUUGUACAAGGCUCUUCACCUUACUUCUGCGGUGGAUCCUGAUGUGUCGGUCAAGUUAUGGUGUUGCAACUUCAAUUCUCAGUUGGCAAAUGCUCUGAUUAUUGAAGGAGACUACCAGAAUUCAAUCUCCACUUUAGAAUCAGGUUAUGUAUCCGCUACUCAAAUUUGCUAUCCGGAGCUUCAGAUGUUCUUUGUGGCUUCUAUCCUGCAUGUCCGCCUCCUUAUGCAAUGGGAUGAUCAAACUGCGGUUGAGGUUGAGCGAGCUCUUCACCGAUGCGAUCAGGUCUGGGAGACUAUACCUUCUGAUAGGAGAGCCCACUGCCUGGGUUUACUCUUUUACAAUGAGCUUCUCCACAUCUUCUAUGGACUUCGCGUCUCCGAUUACAAGAAUGCUGUCAAACACGUGGAAAAAUUGGAUGCUGCUAUCAAGCAAGAUUCCGACAAGAUGCACCAACUGCACCAACUCACCCUUGAGCUUAAUGCCCUGAAUCAAAGUCUCUCCCGCUCUGACUUACCCUCCAGGGAGAGGUCUGCUCUCUCUGCCCGACAAGCCCGCCUUCAGGGACAGCUUACCCAUAUCUCUACUACUACUUCAUCCAGUUCAGCUGGAAAUGAUACCCUUGAACCCACAUAUUUUGGAAAUGCAAAACGGGCACUGCAAGAUAAGCUGCUCCUCGCACCACCUCCUAUUAAUGGGGAGUGGCUGCCGAAAAGUGCCGUCUAUGCCCUUGUUGAUCUUAUGGUCAUCAUAUUUGGCCGUCCAAAAGGAAACUUCAAAGAGUGUGAAAAACGAAUUCAGUCUGGAAUGCAUAUCAUUGAAGAGGAACUGGUCAGGCUUGGGAUAACUGAUGGUGUGAGAGAAGUGGAUUUGCAACACUCAGCAAUCUGGAUGGCUGGUGUAUAUUUAAUGCUAUUGAUGCAGUUCCUUGAGAAUAAAGUGGCUGUGGAGCUUACACGGUCUGAAUUUCUUGAAGCUCAAGAGGCAUUGGUGCAUAUGAAGAACUGGUUCACUCGCUUUCCAACAAUUUUACAGGCUUGUGAGGGCAUCAUCGAGAUGCUUAGGGGGCAAUAUGCCCAUUCGGUUGGUUGUUAUAGUGAAGCAGCUUUUCAUUAUGUAGAAGCUGCAAAGAUAACCGAGAGCAAAUCAAUGCAAAUCAUGUGCCAAGCUUAUGCAGCUGUUUCAUACUUUUGCAUUGGUGAUGCUGAAUCAUCUUCACAGGCACUUGAUUUAAUUGGACCAAUUUACAGAAUGAAGGAUUCCUUUGUUGGAGUUCGAGAGGAAGCAAGUAUCCUUUUUGCUUAUGGCCUUCUAUUGAUGAAGCAGCAAGAUCUGCAGGAAGCACGAAAUCGGCUGGCCAAAGGUUUGCAGAUUGCUCAUGUUCAAAUGGGAAACCUUCAACUUGUUUCACAGUAUUUGACUAUUCUUGGGAAUUUGGCACUUGCGCUGCAUGACACUGGACAAGCCAGAGAGAUCCUAAGAUCAUCACUCACUUUGGCAAAGAAGCUUGGUGAUAUCCCAACUCAGAUAUGGGUUCUGUCUGUUUUGACAGGUCUCUUUCAACAAUUAGGUGAGAGGGGAAAUGAAAUGGAGAAUGAUGACUACCGGAGAAAAAAGUUUGAUGAUUUGCAGAAGAGACUUGCUGAUGCACGUUCAUCCAUCCAUCAUAUUGAACUUCAGGUUGACAAAUUAAAACUUGAAGUUCAGCAAUUUAAUGAGCUGGAUAUGAAGCGUAGAAUGGCAGGCCAGUCAAUGAGAGUCAAUCUUGACAUUCCGGAAUCUGUUGGUUUAUCAGUACCAAUGCCAGUUCCAUCAUCGUCAAGGCUAGCUGAUUUAGACACCGGAAGACGUGGAAAGAGAAAACUAUAACUUUUAUCUCUUUUUUUUCUUAUUUAUUUUAUUUAGGAAAAUAGUGUUUGAGGCUAACACUUUAAUGUAUAGAUUUCCGAGUAAAAGAUUGUUCCAUUAAGAGACAGUAGCAGUAAAUCCCUCUCAUUAUUAUUGAUGUUAGUUGUUUUUUACUUA